AUGAAGCCUCCCCCUCUUCUGACCUUCCUUUGCCUCCUGGUGGCCCUGGCUGGCGGGAACCUGGUCCAGUUUGGGGUAAUGAUUGAGAGGGUGACGGGGAAGCCGGCACUGCAGUACAAUGAUUACGGCUGCUACUGUGGCGUUGGUGGCUCCCACUGGCCCGUGGACCCAACAGACUGGUGCUGCCAUGCCCAUGACUGCUGCUAUGGGCGUGUGGAGAAGCUGGGCUGUGAACCCAAACUGGAAAGGUAUCUCUUCUCUGCCAGCAGGCACAACAUCUUCUGCGCCGGCAGAACCACCUGCCAGCGUCAGACCUGCGAGUGUGACCGGAGGGCUGCCCUCUGCUUCCGCCGCAACCUGGACACCUACAACCGCAGCUACGUCCGCUACCCCAACAAGCUGUGCAGCGGCCCCACGCCGCCCUGCUAG